UCUCCUUGUUGAAAGAAAAGGAAAGCCUGAAGAUUGAAACGGAAAAGGAAAUGAACGACCUCAUAUCUGCGAAUAUGGAAAAGGAAGAGAAGCUGGAACUAUUUAAAAAAGAAGUCAUUGCUUGUGGACAAACGAUUGAAGGCCUGGAAAGUGAAGUCGUCUCCUUGUUGAAAGAAAAGGAAAGCCUGAAGAUUGAAUUGGAAAAGGAAAUGAACGACCUCAUAUCUGUGAAUAUGGAAAAGGAAGAGAAGCUGGAACUAUUUAAAAAAGAAGUCAUUGCUUGUGGAAAAACGAUUGAAGGUCUGGAAAGUGAGGUCGUCUCCUUGUUGAAAGAAAAGGAAAGCCUGAAGAUUGAAAUGGAGAAGGAAAUAAUGGACCUGAAAGAAGAGAUGACUAAUCUGCAGGAUAUGAAUUUGGAAAGGGACAUGGAGAUUGAAAAAUUUAAAAGGGAGGUAAUUGAAAAUGGAGAGAUAAUUGAAGUUCUGGAAAAUGAGAUCGUCUCCUUAAUGAAAGAAAAGGACAGCCUGAAAAAUGAAAUGGAAAAAGAAAUAACAGACCUAAUAUCUCUGAAUAAAACAAAGGAAGAGCAGCUACAACAAUUUAAAACAGAAGUCAUUGAUUGUGAACAAACGAUUGAAAGUCUGGAAAAGGAGGUUGUGAACUUGAUAGGAGAAAAGAAGAGCCUGGAAACUGAAUUGGAAAAGGAAAUAAUGUACCUGAAAGAAGAGAAGACUAUCCUGCAGGAUAUGAAUUUAGAAAAGGACAAGGAGAUUGAAAAAUUGAAAGAAGAGGUAAUUGAAAUUGGAAAGGCAAUUGAAGGUCUGGAAAAUGAGAUCAUCGAGUUGAUGGAGGAUAAUGAGAAGAGGAAAACUAGGAUGGAAAAGGAAAUAAAAAACCUCAAAGAAGAGUCGAUGAUCCUCCAAUCACUGAACAUGGUAAAGGACGAGGAGAAUGAAAAUUUGAAAAAAGAAAUAAUUGAAAUUAGAAAGGCAAUAGAAGGUCUGGAAAAUGAGGUCAUCGAGUUAAUGGAGGACAAUGAAAAGAGGAAAGCUAAGAUGGAAAAAGAAAUAACAGACCUCAAAGUAGAAUUAAUUUACCUGCAGGCUAUGAAUUUGGAGAAGGACAAGGAGAUUGAAACAUUCAAAAAGGAAGAAUUGGAAUUUGUAGCGACAAUUGAAGCUCUGGAAAAUGAGGUCAUCGAGUCGAUGAAGGAGAAUCAGAAAAGUAAAACAAAUAUGAAAGAGGUAAUGAACAACCUCAAAGAGUUAAUGAAAGAUUACGAUAUGAUUAUGGAAAAAGAUAUAGAAUAAAACUUGGAAUUAGAAUAUGAAAAAUAAGAAGAGGAAAUCGAAGUAAUGAAGCCAAGGUAGAAUGGAGAGCAAACUAGCCCUGUUCAGAAUAGGCCCCAGAAGCUGGCUGGAGAUUGGACGGCAGCCAGGUGACCACAGGCUACUCAUUAGCCCUUUCCAAAGGAGGUGCCCAAACCUAGCUGGAGAACGGACAGCAGCCGGGGGACCAUCGGAAUCUCACUGGCCCUUCCCAAAGGGGACGCUAACUAGCCCUUCCCAGAGGAGGCGCCCGAAAAAAAAGCUGGCUGGAGAGUGGACGGUAGCCGGGGGACUGCCGGACGCUCACUGGCCUUUCCCAGAGGAGGCGCCCGAAAAAAAGCUGGCUGGAGAGUGGACGGAGGCCGGGGGACCGCUGGACGCUCACUGGCCCUUCCCAAAGAAGGCGCCGGCUGCCGGGGGACCGCCGGACACUAACUGGCCCUUCCCAAAGGAGGCGCCCGAAAAAAAAAAAAAGCUGGCUGGAGAGUGGACGGCGGCCGGGGGACCGCCGGACGCUCACUGGCCCUUCCCAGAGGAGGCGCCCCAAAAAAAAAAAAAAGCUGGCUGGAGAGUGGACGGCGGCCGGGGGACCGCCGGACGCUCACUGGCCCUUCCCAGAGGAGGCGCCCAAAAAAAAAAAAAGCUGGCUGGAGAGUGUACGGCGGACGGGGGACCGCCGGACGCUCACUAGCCCCUUCACAGAGGAGGCGCAGAAAAAAAAAAAAAGCUGGCUGGAGAGUGUACGGCGGCCGGGGGACCGCCGGACGCUCACUGGCCCUUCCCAGAGGAGGCGCCCGAAAAUAAAAAAAGCUGGCUGGAAAGUGUACAAAAGG